UAGCGUAGGCGCGGGCUGUGAAGCACGAGGCCGGCGCGGAGACUGCGUGGCGCAGGCGCAGUGCUGGGCUUCUCCUGGGUCCCCAGACAGCUGGAGGAGAUAAACAGAGCAGGAGGAGGGAGGGGAGUGCGUGUGUGAGAGCGCGCGAGGGAGUGUGAGUGUGUGUGAGCGCGGGUGUGAGGCGGUGCGCAGGGGCGGGCGGAGGCGCUGUCCGGCCCCGGCCAGGCGCCGGGCGGGGAGCAUGGGAAGAAGCUAGAGCUGCCCGGGCUCCCAGCCCCCUUCCCGGGAUCCGCGCUCCCACUCCCGGGAGAGGGGCCGGGCCCCCCGGACGGACAUGGGCUCCUGAAGUUGCGCCGCUGCUGGUCCGGGAAAGAGACCUGACAGGAAUUAAAUGUGUGUCUUGUGGAACUGGACUUGGCUGGAAUGUGCAAGGGUCCUGAAGAUCCUUCUGUAGCUUCUUUCUGUUGAACCUAUUAAGAGAAGAUGGCAAAAGUCAACAUAACUAGAGACCUCAUUCAUCGGCAGAUCAAGGAGCGGGGUGCCUUGAGCUUUGAACGGCGCUACCAUGUUACAGACCCUUUUAUCCGGCGGCUGGGCCUGGAAGCAGAGCUGCAGGGUCACUCAGGAUGUGUCAACUGUCUGGAGUGGAAUGAGAAAGGAGACUUGCUGGCCUCUGGUUCCGAUGACCAACACACGAUUGUGUGGGAUCCCCUGCACCACAAGAAGCUGCUGUCCAUGCACACGGGGCACACUGCAAAUAUCUUCUCUGUCAAGUUCCUGCCUCAUGCUGGGGACCGAAUCUUGAUUACGGGGGCAGCUGACUCCAAGGUGCAUGUCCAUGACCUGACGGUAAAGGAGACCAUCCACAUGUUUGGUGAUCACACAAACCGAGUGAAACGCAUUGCCACAGCACCCAUGUGGCCCAACACAUUCUGGAGCGCUGCUGAAGAUGGGCUUAUCCGCCAGUAUGACCUUCGGGAGAACAGCAAACACUCGGAGGUGCUGAUUGACCUGACAGAGUACUGUGGCCAGCUGGUAGAGGCCAAGUGCCUCACAGUCAAUCCCCAGGACAACAACUGCUUGGCGGUAGGGGCCAGUGGGCCCUUUGUGAGGCUCUAUGACAUUCGCAUGAUUCAUAAUCACAGAAAGAGCAUGAAGCAGAGCCCUUCAGCAGGUGUGCACACAUUCUGUGACCGGCAGAAACCCCUUCCAGAUGGUGCAGCCCAGUAUUAUGUGGCAGGUCACCUGCCAGUGAAGCUGCCAGACUAUAACAACCGUCUGAGAGUGCUGGUUGCCACCUAUGUGACCUUCAGUCCCAAUGGCACAGAGCUGCUAGUCAACAUGGGAGGGGAGCAGGUAUGUUCUGUGAUUCUGCCCCCCAUCCUGCCCUACUGUUCCAUAUCCAGUAGCCAAAGCUGUAUGCCUUCAUCCACUGUCCUGAGGCAGAUGGAAGUAACAGCUUCCUUGUAAAUGACAUUACAGUAAAAUGUGGAAGUGACAGGGCAUCAUAAGAAAUCCCAGAGAGACCAGGCACCAUUGGCUCACAUCUAUAAUCCUAGCUACUCAGGAGGCAGAGAUCAGGAGGAUCGCGGUUGGAAGCCACCC